AUGCCAUUAUCAAAAAAUCAAAUUGCUCAAAGAAAAAAUUUCAAAAAUCGAUCUAACAAUUCAUCUACAGGUCAAUUUGAAGAAAGUAAAGUAUCAGAUUCUUCUGACUCAGAUUUUAUUUUAUCAGAUGAAAUUUAUUCUUCAGAUUCUAAAAUAUCACAAGCUAUUAAAUUUAGAAGAUAUGAACCAUCUGAUGAAACCAACAGUAGUGAAAAUAUGAAUAAAUUGGAUGAUGAUAUAAACAGUACUAAAAAAAAUUUAAAUGCUGAUAAUAUUAUGAGUGAAAGAAAAGGAACAAAAAAUAUUUUAAAUGAAAAGAAAUUCUCUGUGAAAGAAUUUCAGACUCGAAUACAACAAAGAGUUCAUGAAAAGUCAUUAUACGCAUCAGUUGUUAGCAAAGAAAUUUUUGUGGGUGUUGAAUUAAUGGAAAUUGAAUAUGACAAUACAAUCAAAUGA